CAGUCUGAGUUGAGCUUAAUGAAGCCACUACCAAAGGCAGGGCAGAGUGUUUUGCAAUCCAGAGUUGUGAGAGAGGCCCUGAGCACCCAGAACCUACAGCCUGUAGAAGGGUGGGUUUGAGGACAGCUGGCUGUGUGAGUGGGCGGUCAGGCACCUGGAAGCGGAGGGCCCGGAGUUCACCUCUCUUGUUCUGGAGAGCUCGGGCUGCAGACAGGAGCCUGAAGUCCCAUUGGAGCCCUCCCAAGACAUCGUGGUUUCCAGGCCCAGGAGACCUUCUGUGAGAAGGAGUUGAGUCCUCACGUCCUAGCCCAGACUCAAGCAGUGCAAUGGGGUGCAAAGUCCUGCGUGACCUUGGUCACCAGAUGCUGCGGAGGAAAGUGGUGGACUGCAGCAGGGAAGAGAGCCGGCUGUCCCGCUGCUUGAACACCUUUGACCUGGUGGCCCUUGGGGUGGGCAGUACGCUGGGCGCCGGUGUCUAUGUCCUGGCUGGAGCUGUGGCCCGUGAGAACGCUGGCCCUGCCAUCGUCAUCUCCUUUCUGAUCGCUGCGCUGGCCUCGGUGUUGGCUGGACUGUGCUAUGGCGAGUUUGGUGCUCGGGUCCCCAAGACGGGCUCCGCCUACCUCUACAGCUACGUGACCGUGGGCGAGCUCUGGGCCUUUGUCACCGGCUGGAACUUGAUCCUGUCCUACAUCAUAGGUACUUCAAGUGUAGCAAGAGCCUGGAGUGCGACCUUUGACGAGCUGAUUGGCAAACCCAUCGGGGAGUUCUCACGAAAACACAUGGCCCUGAAUGCUCCUGGGGUGCUGGCUGAAACCCCUGACAUAUUUGCUGUGGUCAUAAUUCUCAUUUUAACAGGACUUUUAACUAUUGGCGUGAAAGAGUCAGCCAUGGUCAACAAAAUAUUCACCUGUAUCAACGUUCUGGUCCUCGGCUUCAUUGUGGUGUCAGGAUUUGUGAAGGGUUCCAUUAAAAACUGGCAACUCACAGAGGAGAAUAUCUUGAAUGAGUCUAGCCAUCGAUGUCUCAACAAUGACACAGGAUCAGAGAAACUUGGUGUUGGUGGAUUCAUGCCCUUUGGGUUCUCCGGUGUCCUGUCGGGGGCAGCGACCUGCUUCUAUGCCUUUGUGGGUUUCGACUGCAUUGCCACCACUGGUGAGGAAGUCAAGAACCCCCAGAAGGCCAUCCCCGUGGGUAUCGUCGCAUCCCUCCUGAUCUGCUUCGUUGCAUACUUUGGGGUGUCUGCCGCCCUCACGCUCAUGAUGCCCUACUUCUGCCUUGACACCAACAGCCCCCUGCCCGAUGCCUUCAAGCAUGUGGGCUGGGAAGGGGCCAAGUAUGCAGUGGCCGUCGGCUCCCUCUGUGCACUUUCCACCAGUCUUCUGGGUUCCAUGUUUCCCAUGCCACGAGUGAUCUACGCCAUGGCCGAAGAUGGACUGCUGUUUAAAUCUUUGGCCAAGAUCAAUGAUAGAACCAAAACACCAGUAAUUGCCACGCUAGCCUCAGGGGCUAUUGCUGCUGUGAUGGCCUUCCUCUUUGACCUGAAGGACUUGGUGGACCUCAUGUCCAUCGGCACUCUCCUGGCUUACUCUCUGGUGGCUGCCUGUGUGUUGGUCUUAAGGUAUCAGCCAGAGCAGCCUAACCUGGUAUACCAGAUGACCAGAACAACCGACGAGCUGGAUCAAGUUGACCAGAAUGAACUUGUGAGCACCAGUGAUUCCCAGGCAGGCUUUUUACCAAAAGCAGAGACGUUAUCUUUAAAAAGCAUACUCAAACCUAAAAAUACGGAGCCCUCCAAAUUAUCUGGACUGGUUGUGAACGUUUCAGCCAGCCUCGUAGUUAUUUUCAUCCUCACUGUGUGCAUUGUGGCUGUGAUUGGAAGAGAGGCUCUGGGCAAAGGGGAGCUGUGGGCAAUCCUUGUGGUCACGAGUACAGCCCUUCUCAGUGUGAUGACCAUGGGUGUCAUCUGGAGGCAGCCCGAGAGCAAGACCAAGCUUUCAUUUAAGGUGCCCUUCUUGCCGGUGCUCCCCAUCCUGAGCAUUUUCGUGAACAUCUAUCUCAUGAUGCAGCUGGACCAGGGCACUUGGGUCCGGUUUGCCGUCUGGAUGCUGAUAGGCUUCAUCAUCUACUUCGGCUAUGGGCUGUGGCACAGUGAGGAGGCAUCCCUGGCUGCUGAGCAGGCAAGGACUCCUGAUGGCAAUUUGGACCAGUGCAAGUGACCUGCAGCCCUGCCCGCUGGAGGUGGCAGCAGUCCCGAGAGAUAGCCACAGAGGACAGGGAGGUACUCCCUCUCUCUACUGAUGGAACAGGAACCACCUGUAUCUCUAUCUGUGACACCCCAAAGCCACCGAAGGUGCAGCUGGUCGGACUGCAGCCUCAGCCAUAGCCAGCGUGCCUGGCCAGAUCUGGCCCUGCAGCCGCCUCACGAGGGCCUGGACAUCUCUGACAGCUCCCUGACCCAAGCCACUUAGCUGUGGCUGGCCACCUGUCGCCUCACUCCCUCUGAACAGAAAACUCGACCCUGCCCCACCAGCUCAUCCUUGCUGCUGCGUCUUGGGAAGAAGACAGAAGUCUUGUCUCCUACUUUGGCACAGACCUCUCUCCCCGCACCGCUCUGGUAUUGCAGAUGUACAGAUCCCAGACUUUUGGUAGCCGUCUUCCCCUUCAGCCCUGAAAGCUGGCCUUAGAUCCAGGAUGAGUACCACACAGUCACCGCUGUGCCACCCCUCGAGCCACUCCUGCCCUCUGAGUUGCUUCCAGAUGGGCCAUUAGGAUGGGGCUUCUCCCUGUUCUCCGUCCGAGCAGGGCUUUGUUCUGCGUGGUGAUGGAGGGGUCCAGCCCGUGGCACAGCAGCAGGAUUGGGGCAGGUGACUUGUUUUUGCACGGAAAAGGGGGCGGCUCCGCUGGGAACAGGAGCACCGGGGUGGGGGAGGGCUGGCUCUGCUCACGUGUGAGCGUAAACCAGGGCGGUCUCCAGUCCCCUGCCCUCCAGGACCGGCACAGCUCCUGCUGCUCUUGUGUCUGUCUCCACUGCCUGUGUGUUCUGAGAAACUGGAACGUGAGACUGUUUGUGUAGAACUGGUCUCGGGUUGGCAGAGCUAAGGACUCUGUUUCCCUUGGGUCUUUGCCAUUUACUGAGUUGUAUUAGUCUUAAAAGAGUCUCAGGACAGGUGGCGGCUCAGUGUGGGGUCAUAAUGCUUCUGGCUCCAAUCCGGUCUGUGUGACCUCUUACAUGAAAUGAAAUUGAAUCCUCCUGUUAGUUGCCAUGAAUCACUCCACCAAGUUAAGUUGGGGCUUAACGUUAACUUGAAAAAUGGCCAAAUGAUUAGCACAUGCCAUCGGCAUGUGGUUCAGGGUGUGUGGUCCACAUGCGAGCUCUCACAGUCUUAGGGUCCCUCCUGUGUCUGUCUUACAAAUGCCGUGGCUUUGCAGAUGGUGAGAUUCUGUAUAAGACCUGGACCUUUGCCUCCAUAGGUCUGGGAGCUGUGGGUCCAGCCAGGAUGCCAGUGUGGCUUUGUGGCUCCCUUGUGUACAUCCUGCACCCCUCCCCUUCCCUGUAGUUUGGGUGGGGCCACAGUCCGAACCAUGUGAGGCACUCCUUGUAGAUUGAAGCCUUGGGACAAGAGAAGAUGCAUGGAGCCUCAUUUCCACGUGGAACACCGUUCAGAGGCUGGUGUUGAUGGGGUGCCGGGAGGUCAGCAUUGUAGACACCGUGGGGAGGUAGGAAUGGAAGGGAGAUCUUGGUUUCAAAGGCAGCACUGGCAGAUAAGUUCAUAAAACAGCCUGAAGUCUGGCCAGCCCGUGUGGGAGUAGCCACAUGGCCAAGAACUAGGCCUUCGCCCCAGACCUAGACCAGCUCGCCUGAAGCUUUAUUCUGAAGAUCACUCAUAUUUCAGAUGGAGUGUGGUAAGCCCCCCCGCCAAAAGCUUGGGUUUCCAAAGAAAGGUAUUUAAAUUUAUGUAGAUUGGUGCUGUAAAAUAUUUUGAUAUUAACUUAUUUUGUUGGGGUUUAGUUAUCUGUUGUCUUCUCAAAGUCUGUUAGCUAUCUGCUUGCUUGAUUUUUGGGGAUUGUUAUUUUUCUAUGCAGAUAAAGAUGAGGGAAAGAGGGUAUCCAGUGAGGUGGGUAGUGGGGAGAAUAGAUUUUUUCUUAGCUUUAAUUUUUUUUUUUUUUUUUUUUUUUAGCUAAAAUUUCUGUAUAAGACAGCACCCAGUGGUCCAUUUACACCUGACAUUCAGGUCACAACCUGCACCCUUCUACAAAAUUGAAAUAUGUAUUUUGGGUUUGCCCCUCUACUGACCCUACCAUGCCGAUGGGCUGACAGUGUGGGAUCCCUCCUCCUCCUCACCCUCGCUCAGGCGCCCGCAUGGGCUGGGGGGAGAGGGGGUGGUAUUCCUGCACCCUUCCUUGUUGGAGGACUGGCUUCCUGGUCUGGAAAGGAUGCCCAGGGACUCAUGUGAAGAGUACAUCGGUCACUGUGCUUUCCUGAAGAACGGGAGGGUACUGUGGCCAGCGGCCUUCCCACCCGUGCAGACAGUUGAGCCUCACAACUUUAGUAGACUUCCUUACAGCAUCCCUCACUCUUUCUCCUGAAGUAAACACACACACAUACCCUCCCCCAAGCCUCGAAAGUGACCAGUAGUUUCGAUUUCUUAAUCUUUUGCUCGAAUAAGGGUAUUCUGAGGUACAUGGCUUGACCAAUAUUUUUCUAAAGACACACACAUCCUGCAGGAAUAUACGUCCACUGUUAACCUGCCACAGCCCCAGAGUCACAUUAGAGAGACAUUUUCCAAUUAGCAAGCAUGUCUCUUGUCUCCAGGAGCUCUGCUGAAAAGUGGGGGUGAAGGGCACGUCCAGGGCAGGAGUAGGGCCCCAGUGGGUUGUGGACCUUGCCAUGAGGAGGGAACAGUUAUCCUGGGAGACCUGGGGCACAUGUGUGCGCACAUGGACACACACACACACACACACACACACACACACACACACUCUCAGGCUGGCCCUUGUGGGUCAGAGGUUAUCUUUCAAACCAAGAGGGAAGAAUGGUACACUCUGUUUCCUGGGCUGAUUCACAAAGAUUGCUAAACUUACACUGUUAGGAUUGCCCAAAAUUUUCCCCACUUUGGGUUUUAUUUUUGCAACUGUAAAAACUCUUUCCAUCAAGACUCAUCUCUGUCUGGCUGUCAGCCACCUGGUGUGGUUUGCUGAUGUAGUGGUUCAGGACCCGCCCACCUGUGACGAGGCCAAAAGUGACUGGGAGGGGCCGGGCUUCUCUACCAUCCCUCUUGCCCCAGGCACCGGCAUGCUCCCCACCCACAGUGCACCCUGAGGAGACAUGUGGCCUGCCUUCACCUUGCCCAUUGCGUCUCAAGUGCUGGGGACCAGGUGGGGAUACCUGCGUAUUACCCAUCCCCAUCCCCACGCAGGCUGCAAUCCGAGCUAGUGUGGGCUCCUGCCUAGCACAGGGUGAGGCUUGGAGACAGCUGUGAGUAUUGGGCAGAAAGUGGGGUUUUUGGGGUAUAGGGACAUACCCUGUAAAGGCCCCACCCAAACUCCUAGGCAAGGUUGGGGCACUGCCAUGUGUACAAACCUCAGAGCUGGAGAAAGUCUGCCGGGGCCAUCUGUGUGACUUGAAUGCCCCUUGCUGUCACAGACACCCACUCCGUCAGAGCCAAUGCCCUGAAGACAGCCAGGGGCCUAGGCCGGGGUUCCCGUCCCUGGCUGUGGAGCAGCGUGGCUGGGCCCACACUGGCGGGCUCUCAAGCUGCUGGCACCGUGUGCAGAACUGUUACCGAGUUCAAGCUCAAGCAGAACCGAGUAUGUGUUAUGUGUAACUGUUGUAUACAAUUUAAACUCUAUCUUUUGCCAUCGUAAUGAGUGUACUCAAUGGAAGGCUCCAAAGGGAGAGCAAAAUGUAUAUUUUGUCAGACUUUUAUGGGGCCACGAAAUGUUUUAUUGAUGCAGUGGUACAAAGUGGGGCCCUCCAGCUGUCACUGUGGUGAUGGUGCCUGAUGGAUUUUUAAGGCAAGAAUGCCCACUCGCUGCCACCGGCAUCCCUGGUCCGGAGCUGGGUUGUGCCCACAGGGAAGGGUCUCACGGUUACCGAAGGGCCUCUGUGGGUCACCCCAUGUGUGCCAGGACCAGGGCCAGCCUGCAGGAGACGCAGACCUGGUCCCAGCAGAUGUCCUCAGGGACUCAGUGCCUCUAGCAGGGUCCAAAGCAGGACUGGGAAGACACGUUCAGACUUUAUGAACUUGUAACAAGGCAUAUGAUUUCAUGUUUCUUGAUGACAAAUUUUCUAAUUUUGGGACUUAUUUUCCCAUGUGAGAAGUUAUAAUAUAUUUAAGGUGUUUCGUGCUUCAGUUGUGCCUUCCAGCGUCCACGGGUUAAGGAUCACAGAGGGUCAUGAUGCAAAUGACGAGGCUGGUUUCUUAGCACACCCUGGACAGCUGUGGAUUCUCCAGUAAAUUUUUUUCUGCUACUGAACAUGGAGCCAUUAUUAAAAGUCAAUGUGUUUUUUAUUAUGUAAAUUGUAUGAUAUUUUUUGCUUGUUUAAUGUUCUAUUUUUCUAAUAGUUUCUUAUAAGGUGAUACUAGAUAUAGAUUCUGACGCUAAAGGCAAAUCACAUGGGUCUCUGCUGGGCCCCUCCCAUGUAUAUUUUAUUUUUAAGGACAAGUACAGGUGUUGCCCAUCACCUUUAAAAAAUGUGAAACUGCUGUUUCCCCUUUUUCCAGACCACACUGUAAACUGACAACUUCCUACCAUCCUUUAUGUUAUAAAGUCAAAUUAUUUUGUGGUACAUUAUCUCAUGCUUCUGCAGAUGCUAAUAAAUUCUCUCUAUGGCUGCCACGUGUA